UUUUCAGCAUGAUCCGGGGUAUUAACCCAAUUUAUCAGGCGCUUCUUGCGGCCACAUUCACAUGGGGAGUCACGGCACUUGGAGCAUCUCUUGUAUUUAUUAUGCGUCAUCAGAGUAAAAAGUUGUUAGACAUUUCCCUGGGAUUUGCCGCAGGAGUAAUGACUGCUGCCUCAUUCUGGUCCCUUCUCGCGCCAGCUAUAGAAAUCGCGGAAGCAGAUUUUGAAAAAUGGGCAUUUGUACCUGUUGCUAUUGGUUUCGCCGUUGGAGCAGGAUUUGUUCACUUGGCUGACACACUUUUGCCAUCAUGUGUCGGAGAUGCUGGAAUGACAUCACUUCUCUCUCCACCAACACGUCGAUCUGAAACCGAGAUGUCACUGAUGCAGGCUCGCGAGGAUCUUGAUGUUGCAGCUCUGGCGCGAUCAGUAAAUGAAGAACAUCGAGAAAGGGAUCGAUCUGUUGAUAUGGGAUCCGAUAAGCGUCCUGAUGUGAUUCCAGAAGAAGAUUACCGUCAAUCAUGGAGGCGGAUUCUUUUGCUAAUUUUAGCUGUAACCGUUCACAAUAUUCCUGAGGGUCUCGCCGUUGGUGUCGGAUUCGGAUCAGCAGGAAAAACAAAACAAGCGACUUUUGAAUCGGCAUUCAAUUUAGCUAUUGGAAUUGGUCUUCAGAAUUUCCCAGAAGGACUUGCCGUUUCACUCCCACUUGCAGCAUUCGGUCAUUCUAAGCUGAAAGCAUUCUGGUAUGGUCAACUAUCUGGAAUGGUUGAGCCGAUUGCUGCUCUAUUCGGAGCUGCUGCUGUAAUUUUUAUGGAACCUGUGCUUCCAUAUGCCCUGGCGUUUGCGGCUGGAGCCAUGAUCUACGUGGUUGUCGAUGAUAUUAUCCCAGAAGCACAAAGAAAUGGAAAUGGAAAGCUGGCAUCCCUUGGAUGUAUCAUUGGAUUCCUCGUGAUGAUGUGCAUGGAUGUUGGAUUGGGUUAAACUCGGAAACUUGUUCACAACCCCAUUACAACAAUUUGCGAGUUCAUAAUGUUUUCUGUGAAAAACUUCAUUUUUAUUCCAAAAUUUUACCAUUUUCUGUGAUAAUUUCUCUUCGUAUUACGCAUUUUUUUACCGGAUUCGAAAUCUUCAAUGUGCCACGCAUUCCUUUCCCCUCUUCAUAAUAACUCUUAUUAACGGUAUUCUUUUGCCCCUGCAUAAUUCAUCAUUUCUGAAAUUUUUAACUUAUUUUGUUUUGCACCCUCUCCACCAAAAUGCAAUAUUUUCCCAAAUGUGUACAUAAAACGGAAUUUUGAUUUUCGAAA